GUUGACAUGCCAGGAGACCCACGGGUAUUGGUCGUUGGGUAUCUGUAGGAAUCUUCAGGGUUUGGGAGACGAUUCUGUGGUAGGAUGGCGGAGUGACUGUAGGGUAUAGUGUGACCACCGCGGCUGCCAUAUUCGCAGUAAAUGGAUGGGUUGAGUGAUGGUGCUCUUCAAGUCUUGUGAGCCUGAGGGACUUUGAUGAUCAUAUCAGCAACUCCCAGGAGUCAAGGGAUUUUAAUAUUCGAGGAUGCCGUAUGGCGCAAUGCAUGUAAUGAAACUAUACUUGAUAUGAGUUAGUACUAAUACUUAUCGACGGAUUCGACGCUGCAGUGGAACUAGUGCUAGUAGCCUAGGCCUGUAGGACAGACAUUCCUUCUUUCGGGCGGAAUGGCGAAGAUGAAACCCGCUCCAAACUGCUACGUAGCCACUGGCCAGCUGUCACGACCGCUGAUUAUCUGAGCCAAAACUUUUGGCGACGCAUCACAACUUGGGAAUGUCGGAUCGCCCCCUGCUCGAUGCAGUCAAUUACACUCCGCACUACGGCUCCUCCGAGUCUCGCAGCGGCAGUGACAGUCCCACACUCUUGUACAUCGAUGAGCAGCUGCUGCAGAACAGACCCGUCGUGGAGAAGAGCCUUCUCCGCAAGUUGGACUUGCGAGUAGCCUUCCUGGUUCUGGUUUACAUUAUGAACUAUAUGGACCGUAGUAAUGCAGCUGCGGCGAGGCUGCGUGGUUUUGAGGAGGACCUUAAUAUGAAGGGGAAUCAGUUCAACACACUUAUUAGCAUCCUCUAUGUGGGAUACCUAUUGAUGCAAGCUCCUUCCAACAUUUUCUUAGAUCGCAUGAAAAGACCAUCACUGUACCUCUCAAGCUGCAUGGCAACAUGGGGUGCUAUCACCUUGUUCAUUGGUGCGGUACGAACGUAUCAUGCAGCUUUGAUCUUGCGCUUCCUGCUUGGAUUUGUUGAGGCAGCGUUCUUUCCCGGGGCUGUAUUCCUUCUUUCACGAUGGUACAAGCGCAAUGAACUAGGGCUACGCACAGCGCUUCUUACUUGUGGGAGCUCAGUCAGUAAUGCUUUUAGCGCCCUUGUAGCGUCAGGAAUUUUGGCAGGCCUAGACGGUACACUGGGUUUUACGGCUUGGAGGUGGCUUUUCUUCGUAGAAGGCACUUUGACCAUCACAGUUGCAGUGUGUGCAAUCUGGAUUUUACCAGAUUUUCCUUCAACCCCGAGCAUCUGGCUGUCGCCUGAUGAGCAAACACUGGCGAAACGACGCAUGGAGGAGGACGCUGCGACCGGAAACGACGACCAAGACAAGCCUGUAGAGGUCUUUUCUGGUGUUUCCGAGGCUCUUACGGAUUGGAGAGUAUGGUGGCUUGGCGUUGCCCUUAGUUUGAUGAUCGCCUCCUUAUCAUUCGGCAACUUUUUCCCGACACUAUCUGCUACGAUGGGUUACAACGCAACCAUCAGCCUCUUGCUCUGCGCACCUCCGUGGAUUUUGGGAACUGCGACCUCAUUUUUUGUGGCCAGACACUCCGAUGUAACUGGUGAUCGAUUCUGGCAUAUCGCUGGCCCGCUACUUGUCGGCGACAUUGGGUUUAUGAUUGCCAUCUCUACCAUGAAUACGGCCGUUCGAUACCUAUCACUAUUCUUUAUGACCCAGGCCUCAGUUGCCUAUGUUAUCUUUUUGACUUGGGUAUUGAAUACCUUUUCCCAAUCGCGGUCGAAAUGCGCUGCGGCCAUCGCACUGAUCAACUCGAUGGCAACAUUUGGCAACAUCGGUGCAUCAUACUUCUGGCCGUCCAGUUGGGGACCAUCAUACGUGAACUCAUACCUUAUUUGCAUUUUGACGAGCUUCAUGUCUAUUGCGAUGUGCUGGGCAUUUAGGAAGCAUCUUUCUCGGUGCAACGAAUCUGCUGAAAUAGAAGAACAAGCUCUGGGGCUGCCCAGGGGUUUUAGAUAUAUAUUGUAGCACUACGGUUCGACUGGGGUCGUUGUCACGAGAUUCGUCAGCAGUUCGAUAUCGUAUCUAGUACGUGCAUAAUAGUAUUACACCCAGCUA